AACCAUACUUUUUGUCUCCAUGUCAUAAAAAAGAAAAUGGGAAAAUUAAAAUUCUUGUGUGCUUAAUUUUUAAUUUUACAUACCACAGCACUUCUUAUUGAUUUUAUAACUUACUAGCAGUACACACUGGCUACGUCCAUUGAUUUGUUCCUAGGCUUUAUAUUGUUUAUAAUGGCCAGAACACCCCUUCUGAGCUUUCUUUUUUAUAUUUUAAUAAACAGGCCUCAUUUUAAUAAUCAAACUAACUUAUUUUUUUAGCCUGCGAAUUAUUGUAUUUCUUACUAUGAAAUUUCAUGGCCCACUUUCUGUUUCCUGAACACCCCUUUUUUUUAUAAUUAAAUUGACCAGAUUGUAACAAUCUACCUACGUAAAAUGCCUGUGAAUCAGUGUAGCUGUUACAAUAAAAUUUCACUCUCUGGAACCCCUAUUUUGUUUUUUUUAACCUUCACAUUUCUCCCACAUAAACUUAUUACUUGAUUUGGAAAGACCCAACAUCAACAUGCUCUCAUAUUUUGGGCCUGUUAAUUUUAGUACUUUUAGUAAUUUUACUUAUCCCCCUCCCCCUGCCAACAAAAAGUUUGUCCUUUGUACACAUCGCCGUCCCCAUUUCUAAAUUUAUCUUGUAAAAUGUUUUUAAAAUGUCUGUAAAAUGUUUUACACGUGUUUUGGAAGUUGCUUCAGAGUUGAUGAUAAUUUACUUCCUAGUCCAAACCUCCCCCAGGAUGAUGGGGGAUGGGAGCAGGCAGGGUUUGAACCUAGGACCGUUGAGAAGUCCGAACGAAAGUACAGCUCACAAACUGCACAACCAGGCACCGUCAUUGCGUAGAAAAGUUCAGCCAGCAGAAGAUAUGGCUAAAGAUCCACCAUCAUUAGAUGUAGAUAAUCUUCGUGAUGAAUUUGAAAGCAGCACUGAGUGGAGUAUUAGAAGGAAAUUUCUAUUAUCUAACUUUGACAGUCUGAGUCUUGAUAGGCUUCUUUGCCUUUCUCGCUGUCUUGUAAAUGUUGCAGUAUAUGGAUGUUCAUAUCCACUGGAAGUAAUGAAAGAGCUCAGUGAAAGAAGUGCUGGUAUUUUAGAAGAGGUGGAGAAGGAAAAAGCAGCAGCAAGAAAAGAAAUUUAUUCUGCAUCAUUUAUUAAAGCUUCUGGUAAUAAAAACAAUGCAGAUACUCACAACAGCCAGACUGAGAAUGUGUAUCAAACAAAGUCUAAUGCAUUUUAUAACCAUCAUCCUUUGAGUGGAACUAGGAAGCGUAAGGGUAAAGCUGCGUCAAGCAAAGAAAUACAAUUUGUCAAGGCCUCUGAGAGUCUCAGUCCAGACAAUCAGAAAAUAGAAACAAGAGAUUCUACAGAAGAAAAGAUGACGAUGCUCGAAAGGGUUGACAAUCCAGGGGACAGUGGUAGCUGGGUGAAACCUUUAUUGCUUUUGCCUGAUCAUAUUGAUGACAAAGCAGCUGGAUCUGUUCAAGCACAAGACAUUGAACAGCUUAAAACUGAAGUGGCUGUCACGUCCAAAAUACCUUCCAAAGUAUCAACUGCACAACCACUCUUUUCCAAGGAGGAAUACUUUGCUGCUUGGAAAGCGGAAAAAGAUGUUAAUCUCAUUAAAUUUCGAAAGUUGGCCUAUGAAGUAAUGGCUCUGAAAAACUUUUUAAGCCUCAACACGAUAGAAAGAUUGCAAGCAGCAGUUAACAAAGUGCCUCUCACUAUUACAAGCAGUAAAAAUCCUCGGACACGAUCCAAGAACAAAAUCAAGAAGAAAAACAAUAAUCCAGUUAUAUGUCAUGUUUUUUUGAAUGGCAUAAAGAUAGCUUCAGGUGAAGAAUAUGAAAUGAAGAAUGCCAGGAUUCAUGCUUAUGAAGCUGCUUUGCAAAAGAUUUUUAUGCCUUACCUUCGUCUAGUCAACCUUGAUGAUCCAUCCAGUGCUGAAUUGCAUGCAUCAGUAACACCUUUUUCCUCUGACUCACAGAGAGUUGACACACUGUCCCCAACUUUAAACUCAGAGAAAGUAGAAACAAAUACUGCAAAGAAGCGACGAGAGGAUUCUACAAAUAAUGAUUUACUUAAUUUGAAGCAACAUUUUUUUAGGGAGUUCAAGCCAAUAGAAGAUUUUGUAAUUGUUGAACCACUGAUGCCUGACUCAGAAAAUCGGCCUACUUGCACUUUAGAAAGAAGUGCUUCAUUUAAUCAGAUGAUUGUAGAGUAUGACUAUUUGCCCUGUGGUGAUGGUUGUUCUCGAUGCAUACUGAAAAUAGAGGGUAAAGUUUUGGCUGACAUGAAAGGUGUAACGAAGCCUGAGGCUAAAAAUGAGGCUGCAGCUGAAGGUUUGAAAAAAUUAAGACAAUUGUGCUGGACUAUUAAAAUAAAAAAGGUGGUAGACUCAGAUUUUACAGUUACCAAAGAGGAAAUGUUGAGCCAUAUCAAUGAGCAGUCAAAUGUCAUCUAUAAUGACAAUAGUAACAUUGGAAAUAAGAUGCUUAGAAAAAUGGGUUGGUCAGGGGGUGGUGUUGGCAAAGAUGGGUCUGGUAUUUCAGAACCUAUAACGCUGACCAGUGUGUUUAACAGACAGGGUUUUGGUCUUGAUGCAGGUAAUGGAGUCACUGGUGAGUUUCGAAAGCGAGUAAGGGAAGUUAUUCAGAACUAUGCUGCAUCCAGUGACCAGGAAGAUCUCAUGUUUUCAAAUGAAUUUAGCUCAGAGCAGAGAAAGGUGAUACAUGACAUAUCCAGGAAGUUCAAACUGCAGAGCAAAAGCAGGGGCAAAGGUCAGGAGAGGUACCUUUGUAUCCACAGAAAGAGAACAUCCGAUCAGCUUAUUUCUCACAUCAUGUCCUGUGGUGGUGAGACGGCUAAAUAUAAACUGGUCCCUCCUGGUGAAACUAAUUAAUUUAAUUACGGCAAAGUUCUCAUCAUUAACUUGCUGAUAUUUCUCUUGUAGUGAAGAGUAGUCUUGUUCUACAAAUGCCACUAACUUGCUAAGUCUCAUUGCCAUAGUGUUAUUCAAAUUAAAUUUUCAUAGUUAAGAAAACCCAUAAAAUAAUUGUGAAUAAAACAAAUGGUACCAUAUGUUGUGAAUUAUGAGAUCCAAAAAAUGUUUUUCUAGCUUAAAUAACACGUUAUUUUUUAUACAUUUAGUCAAGCGCUAAUGUUAUUUAUUUUUUAAUUUAAUUUGAUAAAUUGUAUUUAAUUUAGUUUAAUAAUAAUUUUUUUAUUGAUUUUGAGAAAAAUCAUUGCUGUGCAAAUAUUUUAAGUUCUCUUUACAUUAUAAAGGAGGUGCAGUGGCUGAGUGGUAAAGCCCUUGGCUUCAGAACUGGGAGUCCUGGGUUUGAAUCCUGGUGAAGACUGUGUUUUUCAAUUUCAGGAUCUUUGGGUGCCUCUUAGUCCACCUAGCUCUAAUGGGUACCUGGCAUUAGUUGGGGAAAAAUAAAGGCGGUUGGUCCUUGUGUUAACCGUAGGUCAGUGAAACAGAUGACCUUUACAUCAUCUGCCAUUAUAAGCUAGAAUGGUAAUAUUUAAAUUAUUUGUCAGAUAAUCAUGUUUAGUGUGCCGACUUUCUAAACAAUCCAGAUGGAUAUUUUAAAAUGUAGGUAUAUCAUUUUUUUUUUUAAAUAAAAAUUACUUUUGAAAAACAUCUAUCAAUUUUUGCAUUUUCAUUGGUUUAAACAAUUGUUUGGGGGGGGGGGGGGGGUCAAAGUAGCAAUGAAACAGCUGACAUAGCCAAAGCUCAACUUAUGACAACAGAAACGAUACAUUUGUUAGUAUUAUGGGCCAGGACUUAGUAUGAACCUUUCUUGACCACUAACUCUUAGCAAACAGUAUCCUGGCCACUAAUACUUACAAUCAGUACGCCAUGCAUAAUUACCAAGUACUGGUGUAGUUGCUGUUCUUCAUGAUAUGGAAAUGAUAAUUGAAUAUCAUUUUUUUUUGGUUAUAAAGUUAAAUGUUAAAAAAGAAUCAGAUACUGUGUACAAUUUUCAAGAACCAGAUUAAUUUUUACAAAUAAAAUACAUUUUUAAUAUAA